AUGCCGUUGACCUUCUGCCCUAACUGCAGCAAUGCGCUCACAAUCUCUCGUGCCGAACCGACCACAAGACAUCCCCUAGGCGUCAACCGAUUCGAAUGCCGCACCUGCCCAUACCAAUAUGCUCUGGACCAGAGCUGGUUUGAGAAGACACCCAUGAAGCAGAAGGAAGUGGAAGAUGUCUUUGGAGGCAAGGAAGAAUUCGCAAAUGCAGAUAGCGUGGCCACUCAAUGCCCCGCAGAAGACUGUAAUGGCGACCGCGCAUACUUUUUCCAGCUGCAGAUUCGGAGUGCAGACGAACCGAUGACCACAUUCCUAAAGUGUACCACGUGUGGUGCCCGAUGGAGAGAGAACUGA